AACGACUAAAGGUGGCCAUAUUUUAUUUUAUCCCACCUGGGUUUUGCUUCAAACAGCUGUGUUUUGCUACGCCGCUAAAAUAUUUCAUAAAAUACUCUAUAUUUAGUGUUUAUUACAUCAUGCCGUAUUAUCAGACGUGGGAAGAGUUUGCGCGAGCUGCAGAAAAACUUUAUUUGACGGAUCCGAUGAAGGUCAGAGUGGUUCUGAAAUAUCGACACUGUGAUGGAAACAUCUGUAUGAAAGUCACAGAUGAUGCUGUGUGUCUGCAGUACAAAACUGACCAGGCUCAAGAUGUGAAGAAGAUCGAGAAACUGCAUGGGAAGCUGAUGAGAUUAAUGGUCUCCAAAGAGUCCCACAGUGGAGCCAUGGAAACAGACUGAAUGAAUCAAAUGAGCUGUUGAGAUUGGACAGUUGUUUGUUACUCAAUCCGACUGACAAUGAAGAGAAAAGGAUCCACUGGAGGAUGGAGAUGAAGUUUGGUUGAUGUUUAUUGACUGUAAUACUGAGAAUGUUGAAGAUUAUGCUCGUUUGGAGAGCAAGCAGCAACAGCAUCCUACAAAAGGCUGAUUUUUGUGUUCCUGUUUGGAGGUCAGACAACGUUGUAAUGAUUAAAAAAAGCCGUGUUCAUAUGGUCUGCCUAUUAUUUAAUGUUUGGAGAAAGUACGUUUUAACUGCAACAAAAUCAAGGGAAUACUUUUUGAAGCAGGACCUUCUUAAUUUCUUAGAUUACAGUAAAAUCUCAGUCCUGGAGUUUGUAUAUCUAUGCAUGAUGUACACUGAACCUUAAUAAAUCAGUUUUUUUUCUCAA